AUUAAUUGAGUUGGCACCAUACUGUUUUUGAAAAUUGAGAUUCGAAACAGCGACAAAAAACCAAAGGAAGAAGAAGAAGAGGAAGAAGAAGAAGAAGAAGAUUUCUCUUGCAAGCUCUGCAAAUCUUCUUUUCCGUACAUUCUUCUCCAUCUGCUAUACUCUCUCUCUCUAUCUGUGAAAUUCAUAGAGAGAGAGAGAGUAAGGAGAAACUCCAAGGGUGCUUCGACCGGGAGGAGAAUCAACUUGAGCUAAACUGUGAGAGAGAGAGAGAGAGGUGGAAGAUUAUGGAUUUUUGUUCGAUGUAUUGUUGGGGAAAAGGUUUUGAUCGGUUUCAUCAUUCGUAGCCGAAGCUUCAAAAACAAAGAGGAGAGAGAAAGUUUAGAGAGAGAGAGAGAGAGGGAAUAGCGUUGCAAGGGUAUGGAUUUCAUCUCGAUGUUUUGUUGCGGAAAGGGUUUGGAUCGGAAAGGACAAGGGAAGAAGAAGCAAGUGACAUGGAGGAUUUUUUCUUUGAAGGAAUUGCAUUCUGCCACAAACAAUUUUAAUUAUGACAACAAGCUCGGAGAAGGUGGAUUUGGCAGUGUUUAUUGGGGUCAGCUAUGGGAUGGAUCUCAAAUUGCUGUGAAAAGGUUGAAAGUUUGGAGCAACAAAGCAGAUUUGGAAUUUGCUGUUGAGGUUGAGAUACUAGCACGAGUGCGGCAUAAGAAUCUGCUAAGCUUACGUGGCUAUUGUGCAGAAGGGCAAGAGCGUCUAAUUGUUUAUGACUACAUGCCUAACCUGAGCUUACUUUCUCAUCUUCAUGGGCAACACUCGGCUGAGUGCCUUCUCAAUUGGAAUCGGCGAAUGAAUAUUGCUAUUGGAUCAGCUGAGGGAAUUGCCUAUCUUCACCACCAUGCAACCCCACAUAUAAUCCACAGAGACAUUAAAGCAAGCAAUGUGUUGCUAGAUUCAGACUUUCAAGCUCAGGUUGCUGAUUUUGGAUUUGCAAAACUGAUACCCGACGGUGCAACACAUGUAACCACUCGAGUUAAGGGUACCCUUGGCUACCUUGCCCCCGAAUAUGCAAUGUUGGGAAAGGCAUCAGAGAGCUGCGAUGUCUACAGCUUCGGCAUUCUUUUACUAGAGCUUGCUAGUGGAAAGAAACCUCUUGAAAAGCUCAGUACAACAAUAAAGCGCACAAUCACUGAUUGGGCUCUGCCCUUGGCAUGCGAGAGAAAGUUUAGCGAACUUGCGGAUCCACGUCUGAACGGGAAGUACAUGGAGGAAGAGAUGAAGAUAGUUGUAUUUGUUGCACUGAUCUGUGCACAGAGUCGGCCCGAGAAGAGACCCACCAUGCUUGAGGUGGUGGAGCUUUUGAAGGGAGACUCAAAAGAGAAGUUUGAUCUUCUAGAAAACAAUGAAUUAUUCAAGAGCCCUCUGCCUGCCGAUUAUAAUGAUGGGUCCGGUGUGGAUGAUGGUUCAGACUUUAUUUCCGAGGAAAAAGAACGGAUACAGGUUGUGAAAGAGUUGGAGGGUGAAGGUGGAAAGUGAAAUGGAAGCUGAAGAAACAGGUUGUGAUUUUAGUCCAUAGAGAAUGUUGGUAAGGGCUUUUUUACCUACUGAAUUUUGCAAGCAUGGUUUGUAUGUCGUGGAAUUCUGAGUGGAUGUUUCUUAUGUAUUUUUUUUUACCCCUUCUCUUUUAUGUGAUAUGAUAACUGUUUUUAGAGCAUGUUUGGCAUAUAUGAUAGAAUGGACUGGAAUAUCAUGUUU